AUGUUUACUGAAGCAUCGAGUGGGUUACAUCCUUUCCCUACGGGGGACCAGUGCAAGUUUCCUGCCUGUACAGCACAGGAGAGCAAACUUCUACAGACAGACCAAGGCUUCCAUUUGCUGCUGACACAUGGAACUGAGGUGAAAUUGUGCUCCAUGAUUGUAUACGUUUCAUAACGUUCAAGAGACGAGACUCGGGUCAUCAAAAUGAAAGCCCUCAUCUUUGCAGCUGCUGGACUCCUGCUUCUGUUGCCCACUUUUUGUCAGAGCGGCAUGGAAAAUGAUACAAACAACUUGGCAAAGCCAAUCUUACAUAUUAAGACCUUUCGUGGAGCUCCCCCAGAAUCUUUUGAAGAGUUCCCCUUUUCUGCCUUAGAAGGCUGGACAGGAGCCACCAUUACUGUAAAAAUUAAGUGCCCUGAAGAAAGUGCUUCACAUCUCCAUGUGAAAAAUGCUACCAUGGGGUACCUGACCAGCUCCUUAAGUACCAAACUGAUACCUGCCAUCUACCUCCUGGUGUUUGUAGUUGGUGUCCCGGCCAACGCCAUAACCCUGUGGAUGCUUUUCUUCAGGACCAGAUCCAUCUGUACGACCGUAUUCUACACCAACCUGGCCAUUGCAGAUUUUCUUUUUUGUGUUACGUUGCCCUUUAAGAUAGCUUACCAUCUCAAUGGGAACAACUGGGUAUUUGGAGAGGUCCUGUGCCGGGCCACCACAGUCAUCUUCUAUGGCAACAUGUACUGCUCCAUUCUGCUCCUUGCCUGCAUCAGCAUCAAUCGCUACCUGGCCAUCGUCCAUCCUUUCACCUACCGGGGCCUGCCCAAGCAUACCUAUGCCUUGGUAACAUGUGGACUGGUGUGGGCAACAGUUUUCUUAUAUAUGCUGCCAUUUUUCAUCCUGAAGCAGGAAUAUUAUCUUGUUCAGCCAGACAUCACCACCUGCCAUGAUGUUCACAACACAUGCGAGUCCUCAUCUCCCUUCCAACUCUACUACUUCAUCUCCUUGGCAUUCUUUGGAUUCUUAAUUCCAUUUGUGCUUAUCAUCUACUGCUACACAGCCAUCAUCCGGACACUUGGUGCAUAUGAUCAUAGAUGGUUGUGGUAUGUUAAGGCGAGUCUCCUCAUCCUUGUGAUUUUUACCGUUUGCUUUGCUCCAAGCAAUAUUAUACUUAUUAUUCACCAUGCUAACUACUACUACAACAACACUGAUGGCUUAUAUUUUAUAUAUCUCAUAGCUUUGUGCCUGGGCAGCCUUAAUAGUUGCUUAGAUCCAUUCCUUUAUUUUCUCAUGUCAAAAAUCAGAAAUCACUCUACUGCUUACCUUACAAAAUAAAUAGUGAAAUCAUCUUAGAGAACAAGGACAGCCACCACAGAGAACGUCUGUUUUCACGGACAACACAUGCAUAGUGCAAGGAGCUACACUUCUGAGCUCCUAAGAAAUAUGCUUCAAAGGUCAAACAUUACAAAAGUAUUAGCUUUUUUUUUUUUUUUUUUUUUUUUUUGAGACUGAGUGUCACUUUAUCACCCAGACAGGCACGCAGUGGCGCUAUCUUGGCUCACUGCAACCUCCGCCUCCCAGGUCAGCCUCCCAGGUAGCUGGGAUUACACCACCACGCCCAGUUAAUUUUUGUAUUUUUAGUAGAGAUGGGGUUUCACCAUGUUGGCCAGGCUGGUCUUGAACUCCUGACCUCAAGUGAUCCGCCUGCCUCGGCCUCCCAAAGUGCUAGGAUUACAGGCGUGAGCCACUGAGCCAGUCAGCAUUAGUAAUUUUUAAAAAUACUUUAUCAGUAUUUAAAAACGUUAAUGCAGGAGAAAAGAUACCACAACUCUUUAUGGAAAAUGACAUUUCCAUUUGCCUCAUUGCUACUUCAAGCUCUUUAAAUCGCCAUCUUCCCUGUU